GAGACUUACUAUAUCUAAAUGCAUGAACAGCUUUUCUGUCUUUGUACGCGACCUGUUCAACAUUGUAACGUUCUAAAGCGUGAAGGAAAUGACGGCCAAAAUAAGUGACAUGGCGAGAUGAUGCUGAACACACACACGUCAUCAUAGUGUGUGCCAAACGCGAUACAUCCCGAACAAGGGUCACGUUCCGACUCCGCGGCGCUGAACACAUACACGUCAUCACAGUGUGUGCCAAACUUGAUUCAUCCUGAACAAGGGUCACGUUCCGACUCCGCGGCGCUGAAGACAUACACGUCACCAUAGUGUGUGCCAAACGUGAUACCUCCCGAACAAGGGCCACGUUCCGACUCCGCGGCGCUGAACACACACACGUCAUCAUAGUGUGUGGCAAAAGUGAUACCUCCCGAACAAGGGCCACGUUCCGACUCCGCGGCGCUGAACACAUACACGCCAUCAUAGUGUGUGCCAAACGUGAUACCUCCCGAACAAGGGCCACGUUCCGACUCAAGAGCUGAACACAUACACGUCACCAUAGUGUGUGCCAAACGUGAUACAUCCCGAACAAGAGCCACGUUCCGACUCCGCAGCGCUGAACCUUCCGAUGUGUUCAAUGUAAGGAUCUGCCUCGAUGUGUCAUCGCUUCGAGGACAAAUACGUCAGAAACAGAUGCUUGUUUAUAUGAGAUGAGGGAUUUGAACCAUUAACGUCGGUGUCAGCCAUGGAAACGUUGGAUGAAGCAACUGAAGACGUUGACGUGAGCGAUGGUUCUGUUGGAACGGGUGAAGUCAGAAGUAGGCCAGCUGGCGAUAAUAAAACCGGAGAUAACAGAAGUGAGAAGGGUGAUGACGACAACGCAGGUACAAGGGAACAAGGUGAUGACGCAGCAGAAAACAUGACUACUGGGGAUGAUGAAGACGGCGUCAUUGACCUCGCCCUCCAACCUGUGCUUCGCGACACCGUACACGCUGCAAUGGACGAUGACGUGUGUGAGCCGAGUCUACGUGACGUUGCUGUUCUCACUGUAAGCGACGUCACUGUCAUCGUCUUCACGGAUGCCAACAACUUCAGUAUCAAAUCUGUUUAUGAAGAAGAAGAUGAAGUGUGUACAAGUUAUCUCGAGUUUGGUCACUUCCCAUUACGACUAGCAAAGUUAGAGACCAACGUGGUGGCUGCCACUCUACCUUGGAUUAAACAAAUCGUUAUCGUCGAGGCUAUGCCUAGGUUGAAUCUACUCCUGACUAUCCCUGCAGGCAAGGAGUACUGGAGUAUAGCCCCUCUGACUCCGUCAACAUUUGCAGUCGGAUGUCGAUCUCUCUCUUGUGUUGAUGUACUUGACGUGGGAGGGAAUGUUCUCGCAUCCUAUACAAAGUUACCAACGCUACAGAAGUCUAUACAAGUACCCUUCUACCUGUGUAGAACACACGAUGGCAAUAUUCUCGUCUCAGACCUGGGGUCAAAGUCUCUCCUCUGUGUGUCUGCAGCGGGAGAUGGUGUAUUUCACUACACUCCAACUAAAGCCAGAGAACUGAUCUGCUCCUCCAGCGUGACGACAACGCGCUCAGAGGACAUCCUCAUCGCCGACAGCGGCAGGGAGACUGUGGUGCAGCUGUCACAUUCCGGCGUCUUCGUUAAAGACAUCCUGACGUCACAGAAUGGUAUUGGGCGAGUGGUUGGACUUUUUGUGCAUGGCGGUCACCUAUAUGUUGCCAUGGAAACAUACAUCCAGGUCUUCAAAUUUGGAUGAACAUUACGCAUAUAUCAGUUCAUCGUGUUCUCGACGGACAACCAGAUAGUAUUUAAACGUUAUGAAAAUGUGGGUUUUUUUCAUAAAGGAACAGAAUGUUUUUCGCCGAUGCGUAUUUUUCGAAAAAAAUGUCCCUAUAGUGCCAUUAUUAACACCAAGUGUCAAACACUUCGGCCAACACACUCAUGUGUGGGGGCGGUGCGGUAGCCCAGAGGUUAAAGCGUUCGCCCGUCACGCCGAAGACACGGGUUCGAUACCCCACAUGGGUACAAUGCGUGAAGCCCAUUUUUCUGGUGUUCCCCGUUGUGAUAUUGCUGGACUAUUGCGUCGUAAAACCAUACUCACUCAUGGAUGAAGGAAUGCCCGGCGCACCAAGAAGGACAAAGGGUCCGACGUUUUGAGAGCUAAUAUUUCAGUAUAUUUUUUCCCGAUUUUCUUUCUUUUUAAACUUUUUAUUUGUUUUAUUUUUGUUUUACAGUAACGCAAAUUACACAUAUAGUAAAAACACUUUAAGAGAAGAGUAAAUGACAGCUUGACCAGUACCUGUUGAAAUAUCCUAUAUAAUAAUUUACAUUUGCAAAGUAUUUUGUUAGUAAUUAGCAUUGAGUAAACUCAAAUUGGAUAUUUGUGUUCAGUUCUUUUGUCAAAUAGGAGUUUUUUAGAUUAUGGUUAUGCUGUUUAUGAGCUUAUUGUUUUUUAAGGUAUACCCGAAUAAAACGUUUUCUUUUGACAUAUGAA